AAGAUUGCGCGGCUGGUAUAACGCCAGAGUUACUGGCGCCCGCCGCCGCUUCCACUGCCGCCGCCGCUUCCGGCGCCACCGCCGCUCUCGGGGGCGUCACCACUUCCACCGCCUCCUGGCGAUGCCGGCGGGCCUGCCGCCAUGCUGGUGGAUCCGCGGUCGGCUUUGGGGCAGCGCGGCCCUGCGGGUGCCGACGGCCUCGAUGAGGCCCCUGCUGCCAAGCGCGCGGACACCCGCGCCGUCGGGACCGCGGGCUCUGGCCUGCGGGCUGGUUUCCUGUUGGCGCCGGCUGGGCGGCGGCCGUCGCCUUCGGUGGCUGGAGCGGCUGGCGGCGCUGCUGGGCGUGCGAGCAGCUCUCUGGCUGCAGGAGGCCUGCUUGGCGGGGUGGCGGCGGCGAGCCCGGCGGUGACGCUUGGGCGGCUGAGGGUGGGUGGCGGACCCUGAUGUGGGCGGUGGCGAGUGCGACUACGGGACCAGCAUGCCCGCGGCGGACGUCACGGCCUUGCUGGCUGACCGCGAUGAGGCCCCCGCCCCGGCAUUACCUUCAAGGCGAUCCUGCAGCAGGCGCUGUGGGAUGUGAGUGAUCAGUACGCGGUGUGCUGUCGUGGCACAAGGCGACGACUGAUCCUGAGGUCCCUCCGUGGUGACGUCAGCGCCUGGGAGCGGGACUGGGUGGCGGACGGUGGCCCUCCCGUGCCGCAGCUGCUGGAGGUCGCGGCGCGCGCGGACACGGAGUUGCUGCGGACGCUCUGGGUGGCGGCACCCUUGUAGAGUGCUGGCCCGGUUUGGCGGCGUGUUGCUGCGUGUGUGCCUGCGUUUGGUUAUGCGCCUUCGGUACUUCCCGUGCGGUAUCUGGUCUGCUUUGUUGUGGAGUCCAUGCGCGCGGCCGCUUGGUCCGGUGCGCGGGUGUGGCGGUCGGGAAGCUGCUGCCUGUGUGCCCUGGCUUGCGUGGGGCCCGUGACCCGGUUGGCUGCGGGUUGGUGCGUGUGUGCCUGCGCUUGGUCAUGCGCGUGCGGUGGUUCCUGUGCGGUCGCUGGUCUGCUUUGUUGCUGGGUCAGUGCGCGCGGCCGCUUGGAUCGGCGUGCGUGCGUGGCGGUCGGGUAGCAGCUGCCUGUGUUCCCUGGCCUGCAUGGGGCCCGGGUUUUGCGGUGUGUUGGUGCGGGUGUGCCGGCGCUCUGUUGUGUGUGCGCCUGCCUGCGGUAGUUCCCGUGCUCGGUGGUUUGGGCUUGGGUGCGGGGUUUCCGUUUUCCGUGACCGGGGAACACUUGUCUCCUUUCUUUUCCGUUUGCGCUGUCCCCUUGCGUCUAUUUCUUGCUCUGUUCUGUGAGUUCAGUGGUUGCUUCGCCUGUUUUGGGGGCCCCGGUCUGCUCUUGCUUUGUCCUGGAGGGAUGCCCUUGGGUUUCGGUGGCUGGUACGGUGGUCCCUGGCGUGCUGCUUGCUCGUGUUGAAAAGCCUGUACCGAUACAUCGCUGACUUGCUGGCAGGCUGGUAGUUGCUGAUGCGCAUUCCUGAUGCGCAACUUGGCAGAAGAGGGAGACCCGAAUUGUACGACGAGUGGUGGGCGAGCCAAAUGCGAGUGUGAGACACACAACCGGAGUGUAAGGAAGCGCCGCGGGUUGCAAUGGGGGAACCGUGACUGAUGAUGGUUCGGUAUGAGGCUGCGUCGCGCGCCCUAUGGGCCGAGGGAGUUACACGAGGGGUUUGCUGGUGGCGCACAUUGGGCUGGCGGGAGGCAACGAGCUGUUUAUUCAACGGCGGCGUGCACGUGGGAGGGGGCGAGCAAGGCCACGUGGAGGAGGAGAGCGCCGCGUCGCCCAAGAAGCGGUGUUGGGCUGUUGGCGCGCAGGUUGAGGCCGGCUGGUAUCUGGUUAGCGGUCUUUGCUGGCAAGCAUAGCAUAGCACAGUAUGUGGUAGGUCGCAGCAGUGAGGAGCGUUGUGGCUAGAGGAUUUCCUGCUGUUUGGUUGUCCUGUGCUGGCUGUGCUUGCUCUUGACAGCGGGACGUGGCUGGACGCAUGGCAGGCCGCGCCUGUACAAACCGAACCCGGAUAUGUCCGGGAGAUGAAGUAGACGCUUGCGGCCUCAGACUGGAGACGUGGCGUGGGCUCAGCCCACUUUUACCUUGCGAGGGAUAACCACCUUUCUUGUCAGUAGCAUGCAAGUGACAAACGACGAAGUUGGCACAGGGACAGUGGAGGCUGGCGUGGUGGGCGCAACUGGCACGGUCUGUAGCAGCUGCCGAGUCACUGGGGUAGGCGCACGGCAUCGAGGGUCCGGGCUCACCAAGA